UCAGCUCUUCAGGUUUUAGGAGAGAACGCGUCUAUUAGAAUCGGCUCACCCCGCGGCUCGCUUGAGAUGGUUCAGUCCAGCUGCGAGGGUCCAGUCUCCAUGCACUGGGAUUUUUCUCAGCGCCGACACCAAGUGAAUCUUCCUUUUAAAACCAUCUGAUAACCGUGCCUGCCAAAAAAGCCCACCAUGAGCGCCUCUUUGAAUCCUGACAGAACGGGACUCGUGAGGACAGAGUGCAGAUGUACAUAUAACGGGACGAGGAAACUGGAUGGUAUAAGGAUUUUUGCGCUAAUGAAGGUGGGAGUACAGGCGCAUCACUGGAGCGGGGUGCUGUUCUUCUAUAUGGGGCUGCUGGCUGCAUCGGUUAAGGCUCAAAACUGCAGUCACACGCUACACAGUCCAAAUGGGACAAUAGAAAGCCCCGGAUACCCGUAUGGAUAUCCCAACUACGCCAACUGCACAUGGGUGAUUGUGGCACAGGAACACAACCGGAUACAGUUGGUAUUUCAAGGCUUUGCCUUAGAGGAGGACUUUGACAUCCUUUCAGUCUACGAUGGGCAACCCAGUCCUACAAACUUACGGACACGAAACGUCCCUGAACCCUUGUCCUACAACAUAAAAGAGACUGAACAGAGCUUCUGUAUUUCAAUAUCACAGAAGGAGAGACUGAGAGUGUCUUUCAAAAGAAGAAGAGCUGCUGAAAUGCAGUUUGACCUCAUAGAUUCUGUCAGUUUGCACCAUGGACGAGAAGCUGUUCUCGCAGUGUCCGAAAUGAAGGAGUGCAAAACUCUUCCAAGCUACACGUGUGGAAAUCCAGGCCAGCUGCUCAACGGCAUGCAGCAGGGAUCCACCUUCAACAUCGGGGACAAGAUCCGCUACAGCUGCAACCAGGGAUAUGUUCUGGAGGGCCACACCGUGCUCUCCUGCCUGGCCACAUCGUCCGGCACCGCUGCCUGGGACUUCCCUCUGCCCUACUGCCGAGCGGAUGAUGGCUGUGGUGGCACUUUACGGGGUCAAAGCGGUGUCAUCACCAGUCCAAAUUACCCCCAGGAGUACAACAACAAUGCAGACUGCACCUGGACCAUCCUAGCCGAACCAGGGGACACCAUCGCUCUGGUCUUCUCUGACUUUCAAUUGGAGGAAGACUAUGAUGUAUUGGAGAUAACCGGCACAGAAGGAUCCUCUCAGUGGUUUACUGGUCCAAACCUGCCAUCUCCCAUCAUCAGCAGCAAGAACUGGCUGAGACUCCACUUCACAUCAGAUGGAAACCACAAACUGAGAGGCUUCAGUGCUCAGUAUCAAGUGAAGAAGAUGACAGAGCUGAAGUCCAGAGGGGUGAAGAUGCUGCCAAGUAAAGACAACCACAGCAAGAUAUCAGUUUUGUCGCAGAUGGGGGUGGCGCAAGGACACAACAUGUGCCCAGAUCCAGGAAUCCCGGAGAGGGGCAAAAGAAAAGGCUCUGAUUUCAGACGGGGUGCUACCGUGCACUUUUCUUGCGAUGAAGGAUAUGAGCUUCAGGGGUCUAAAAGCAUCACCUGUUUGCGAGUUACAGACAGUUAUGUUGGAUGGAGUGAUGACCGACCGAUCUGCAGAGCUCCCAUGUGUGGUGGUCAACUCCGUGGCCCGAGUGGAAUCAUCACCUCUCCAAACUUCCCAGUACAAUAUGACAACAACGCAAACUGCACCUGGAUCAUCACCGCUUCAGACUCCUCCAAGGUGAUCAAGCUGACGUUUGAGGAGUUUGACCUGGAGCGAGGCUACGACACUCUAACUGUUGGAGACGGCUCUGUAAUCGGUGAUCAGCGGACGGUCUUUCAUGUGCUGUCUGGGACUACAACUCCGGAUCUGGUGGUCAGCACUAGUCACCAGAUGUGGCUUAAUUUUAAAACGGAUGAUACGAGUGGCUCCCUGGGCUUUAAGGUUUCUUAUGAAGAAAUUGAUCAGGGCGGCUGCGGAGACCCUGGAAUCCCAGCCUACGGCAAGAGGGAAGGCACAGGCUUCCGACACGGAGACAAGCUAUAUUUUGAGUGUCUUCCAGCCUUUGAGCUUGUGGGAAAAAAGAACAUUACCUGCCAGAAAAAUAAUCAGUGGUCGGCCAAGAAGCCAAGCUGCGUGUUUUCAUGUUUCUUCAACUUCACGACUCCAUCUGGGGUUCUGCUAUCACCGAACUACCCUCAAGAGUACGGCAACAACAUGCACUGUGUGUGGCUGAUCAUCGCCAAACCAGAGAGCAGAAUCAACCUGGCCUUCAACGACCUGAGCAUGGAGAAACAGUUCGACUUCUUGUCCAUUAAAGAUGGCGGAAAAGCAGAGUCGCCGAUUUUGGGCACCUUUUCUGGAGAUGUGCUGCCGUCACCCAUUACUACCAGCGGUCACGUGGCACGAUUGGAGUUUCUGACGGAUCACACUUACACGGAUCGGGGAUUCAACAUCACUUUUACCACAUUUCGACACAACGAAUGUCCCGACCCCGGUGUUCCAGUAAACGGAAAGCGCUUUGGUGAAAGUCUUCAGCUUGGCAGCUCCAUCUCGUUCCUGUGCGAGGAGGGCUUCACAAAAACCCACGGCUCUCAGACCAUCUCCUGCAUCCUCAAAGAUGGAAACGUUGUGUGGGAUAAUGCCGUUCCACGCUGCGAAGCUCCAUGUGGUGGAAACCUGAAGGCUUCCAGCGGCAUCAUUCUGUCCCCAGGCUGGCCUGAGCUUUAUAAAGAGGCUCUAAAUUGUGAGUGGAUCAUCGAGGCUCUGCCAGGAUAUCCUAUUAAGAUCAUCUUUGACAAGUUUCGUACAGAAGUGAACUAUGAUGUUCUAGAGGUUCGGGAUGGCCGUUAUCCUUCUUCGCCUCUGAUUGGCAGUUAUCAGGGCACACAGGUCCCACAGUUCCUCAUCAGCACCUCUAACUUCCUCUACCUGCUCUUCACCACCGACAAGAGCCAUUCCGACAUCGGCUUUCGCAUCCGAUAUGAGACUCUGCAGCUUCAGUCGGACCACUGUGUUGAUCCAGGAAUCCCAGUCAAUGGUCAGCGACACGGCAAUGAUUUCUACGUGGGAGCGCUGGUGACAUUUAGCUGUGAAGCCGGAUACACUCUCAGUGACCACGAGCCCCUCGAAUGUGAACCAAACUUCCAAUGGAGUCGCCCCCUGCCCAGCUGCGAUGCGCUCUGUGGAGGGUUUAUUCAGGGGAACAGCGGCACUAUUCUGUCCCCUGGGUUUCCAGACUUCUACCCGCAUAACCUCAACUGCACCUGGAUGAUUGAGACUUCACAUGGGAAAGGUGUCCAGUUUACCUUCCACACCUUUCACUUGGAGAGCCCUCACGACCACCUUUUAGUUACAGAAAAUGGUAGUUUUUCUCAACCCCUGUGGAGAUUGACCGGCUCGACACUUCCUCCUCCUCUCAGUGCUGGACUCUUCGGCAACUACACCGCUCAGAUCCGCUUCCUAUCUGACUUCUCUGUGUCCUACGAGGGCUUCAACAUCACUUUCUCAGAAUAUGACCUGGAGCCCUGUGAGGAUCCCGGCAUCCCCCCCUUCAGCACCCGUAAGGGUCUGCAGUUUGGGGUUGGGGAUGCACUCAUCUUCUCCUGUUUUCCGGGGUACCGUCUUGAGGGGCCUGCGAGGGUGGUGUGUUUAGGGGGGCGUCGGAGGGUCUGGAGUUCCCCUCUGCCAAGGUGUGUUGCUGAAUGUGGAUCAUCUGUAACCGGGAAACAAGGUGUUUUACUCUCUCCUAACUACCCUGGCUACUAUGGUAAUGACCAUGAGUGCAUCUACUCCAUUCAAACUCAACCUGGUAAAGGCAUCCAGCUCCGAGCUCGCGAUUUCCACCUGGAGGAAGACGACAUGCUUAAGGUGUAUGAUGGCAGCAGCAACAGUGCCCGACUGCUGGGCAUCUUCACGGGCACAGAGCUGAUGGAUGUCACUCUGAACAGCACGUCCAGCACCAUGUGGCUGGAGUUCAUUAGCAACAGUGAGAACACCAGCAAAGGGUUUGAGCUGCACUUCACCAGUUUUGAAUUGGUGAAGUGUGAGGACCCAGGUGUGCCUCAGUUCGGUUUUAAACGGGAGGAUAAAGGUCACUUUGCAGGUAGCACGGUGUCUUAUAGCUGUGAUCCAGGCUACAGUUUAAAGGGCCCAGAGGUUUUGACAUGUCUCAGAGGGGAGAGACGAGCUUGGGACAGUCCUCUCCCACAGUGUGUGGCCGAGUGUGGAGGAAAAAUUAAAGACGAGUCCAUGGGCCGGAUUCUGUCUCCUGGUUACCCAGCGCCUUAUGAGCACAACUUGCACUGUGUCUGGACCAUUGAGGCGGCACUUGGAAGCACCAUCGGGUUGCAUUUCCUGGUCUUCCACACAGAAGAGGUCCAUGAUGUCCUGCGCAUCUGGGAUGGGCCUCAGGAUGGAGGUGUGCUUUUGAGAGAGCUGAGUGGAUCUACUCUUCCUCCAGACCUCCACAGCACCUUUAACUCUGUCAGUCUGCAGUUUACAACUGACUUCUUCACCAGCAAGCAGGGCUUUGCUCUGCAGUUCUCAGUUUCAACAGCCACUUCCUGUAAUGAUCCUGGCAUUCCAACAAACGGCACUCGAAUAGGAGACAGCAGAGAGCCAGGGGAUAAUGUGCUUUUCCAGUGUGAUCCUGGAUACCUCCUACAGGGGGCAACCAAGAUCACCUGCACAGAGAUCAACAACCGCUUCUUCUGGCAGCCCGAUCCACCCACCUGUUCUGCUCCAUGCGGAGGGAAUCUGACAGGUCCCAGUGGACUGAUCCUGUCUCCUGAAUACCCAGAGCCAUAUCCGCAUGGCAGAGAAUGUGACUGGACAGUAACAGUGACGCUGGACCACAUCAUAUCACUCAAUUUCAAUCACUUUAGCCUGGAGCCGAGCUAUGACUUCCUGCACAUCUAUGAUGGGCCUGAUUCUCUCAGUCCGCUGCUGGGCAGCUUCUACGGAACAGACGUCCCUGAUCGCAUUGAGAGCAGCUCAAACACACUCUUUCUGGCCUUCCGCAGCGAUGCUUCACUCAGCAGCAAUGGAUUUGUCCUGCAGUACACUGAAAACCCCAGAGAGUCUUGCUUUGAGCCCGGCCUGGUUCGUAAUGGCACUCGUGUUGGUACUGAGCUGAAGCUGGGGGCAACGGUCACUUAUUACUGUGACAGCGGCUACACGCUGGAGGGAGACGCCACUCUCACUUGUAUCAUGGGGUCUGACGGCAAACCCGGCUGGAACAAACCAAAACCUGUUUGCAUAGCGCCGUGCGGUGGUCAGUAUUCUGGGCUGGAGGGGGUUGUGCUUUCCCCUGGUUUUCCUGGAAACUACAGCAGUGGGAGGACUUGCCUGUACUCAGUUGUUGUGCCGAGAGACUAUGUGGUGUUCAGCCAAUUUGCAUUCUUCCACACCGCUCUAAAUGAUGUUGUGGAGGUGUAUGAUGGACCGACACAGCAUGCCCGUGUCCUGAGUUCUCUCUCUGGAGCCCACACAGGUGAAUCUUUGCCGUUAGCCACCUCCAACCAGAUCCUCAUCCGCUUCACCUCUAAGGGUCAGUCCAGCUCAAGAGGUUUCCACCUGGUCUACCAAGCUGUCCCGAGGACCAGUGCGACCCAAUGCAGCUCAGUCCCGGAGCCCAGGCAUGGCAGGCGCACAGGGAAUAACUUUGCGGUGGGAGCUGUGGUGAGCUUCGAAUGCAAUGCUGGGUACGUCCUGGAGGGUCCGAGUGCCAUUGAGUGCCUGACUGUACCCAACGCUCUGGCCCAGUGGAAUGGCAGCAUGCCAAGCUGCAUUGUGCCGUGUGGAGGGAAUCUCACCCAGCGGAUAGGCACUAUUCUGUCUCCUGGCUAUCCUGAGCCCUACCUGAACAGCCUGAGCUGUGUGUGGAAGAUCACCGUGCCUGAGGGAAUGGGAAUUCAGAUCCAGGUGAUUAGCUUUGUGACUGAGCAGAACUGGGACUCUCUCGAGGUGUUUGAUGGAGGUGACAACACCGACACCAUGCUGGGGAGCUUCUCAGGUACAACAGUGCCAGCCCUUCUGAACAGCACCUCCAACCAGCUCUACCUGCACUUCUUCUCAGACAUCAGCGUCUCUGCAGCCGGUUUCCGUCUGGAGUACAAGACUGUGUCCCUCACUAGCUGUCCUGAACCGGUUGUACCCAUGAAUGGCUUCAGAGUGGGUGAAAGACUACAGAUGAACAAUGUUGUGUCCUUCCAGUGCGACCCUGGAUAUACGCUGCAGGGAGUCUCCCAUAUCUCCUGCAUGCCAGGGCCUGUGCGCCGCUGGAACUAUCCGCCUCCUCUCUGCAUCGCUCAGUGUGGAGGGAUCAGAGAGGAGAUGGAAGGCACCAUCCUCAGCCCUGGUUUCCCGGGAAACUACCCUAGCAACGGUGAUUGCACCUGGAGGAUUUACUUGCCAGUCGGUUAUGGGGCUCAUGUGCAGUUCUUGAACUUUUCCACCGAGGCCAACCAUGAUUUCCUGGAAAUAAGGAACGGACCUUUUGACACCAGCACAGUGAUUGGCAGGUUCAGCGGGCAGGAAUUACCAUCAUCUCUUCUAACUACUUCCCACGAGACCACAGUAUACUUCCACAGCGACCACUCUCAGAAUAAACCAGGCUUCAGAUUUGAUUAUCAGGCAUAUGAACUCCAGGAGUGUCCUGAUCCUGAACCCUUUCACAAUGGUGUUGUGGUUGGUGCUGGUUAUAACGUGGGUCAGUCCAUCUCCUUCGAGUGUUAUCCAGGGUAUCAUCUGACAGGACACUCCAUUCUUACCUGUCAACACGGCACAACGCGCAACUGGGAUUAUCCGUUUCCUCGCUGUGAAGUGCCCUGUGGAGGUAACAUUACAUCAGACAAUGGCACAAUCUUCUCUCCCGGGUACCCAGAGGACUACCCCACAUCUGCGGACUGCAGCUGGCUGAUUACGGUGGCACCAGGCCUGGGUAUCCGUCUUAAUUUCACCCUUCUACAAGUCCACGGCCCUCAAGAUUUCAUCACAGUUUGGGAUGGACCACAGGAAACAACUCGUAAACUUGGAGUGUUUACCGAGGGAGAGCCAAACAACCCACCGAGCAGCACAUCUAAUCAAGUUCUGAUACGUUUCCGAAGCAGUUCUGAGAAAGGGGGGUUGUUCAAGAUCAACUACCAAGCCUAUAGACUUCAGUUUUGCUUGCCACCUCCCAUCAUUCCUAAUGCAGAAAUUCUGAUGGCCAGUAAAGAAUUUAAGAUCGGUGAUAUUGUGCGUUACAGAUGUUUGCCAGGAUAUCAUCUUAAUGGAAACAGCAUUCAAACCUGUCGCCUCGGGACACAUCUUGAGUUUGAUGGACCUCCACCUUCCUGUGAUAUUACCUGUCCCAUGAACGAGGUGCUGACGGCCUCCACAGGAGUGAUCCUAAGUCAGUCUCCGGGCAGCAGCCUGCCACAUUUUGAGUCCUGCUCCUGGUUGGUGAAGGUGGAUUCAGGCUACAACAUCACUUUCACCGUUGAACACUUUCAGACCAGCAGGCAGUUUGAUGAGCUGGAGAUCUUUGACGGUCCGUCAAGACAGAGUCCACUGCUGAUUUCUCUCAGUGGGAAUUAUUCUUCUCCUCUCAGCAUCACAAGCUCUGCAAACAAGGUUUACCUGCACUGGUCCUUCGAUCACACCUCCAGCCACAAGGGCUUUCGAAUCCGCUACUCAGCGGCAUACUGCAGUUCUCCAGAUCCUCCUGUCAACGGCUCACUGCACAGCCAGACUGGUACGAAAUUGGGCAGUACCUUGCGCUUCAACUGUGACCGAGGCUUCAACCUGAUCGGCCAAACCACAGCCACCUGCUCCCGCACCCCGCAGGGCAUCUACCAAUGGAACGCUCCAGUGCCACUUUGCCAAGUCGUUUCCUGUGGGAUGCCUAUUGCUCCAGUCAAUGGCACUGUCAUCGGGCAGCACUUCACACUUGGAUCUAGAGUCACUUUCUCUUGUAAUCCUGGUUUCCGAUUGGCCAACGCUCAGCCAGUGUCAACCCUUUGUCAAGAGUCUGGGAGGUGGAGCCCUAUUGAGACCCGCCUUCGUUGCGUCCCUGUGAACUGCCCUGACAUUGGCCACUCCGCAGUGGAUCAUGGGAGGUGGAGGCUUAUUUACGGCAUGCAGAAUAAAUAUGAAGCUAUGAUGAUGCUAACCUGUGACCCUGGAUAUUUCUACAAGGGUGAAAGGGUCAUCCGCUGCCAAGCUAACGGCACCUGGGAUUACCCUGAGCCAAGACCUUCCUGUGAAAUAAUUUCCUGCGGUGACCUUGGAACCCCUCCGAAUGGGAAUAAAAUUGGAACAUUAACCGUGUAUGGAGCGACUGCCAUUUUUUCCUGUAAUACGGGUUAUACUCUAGUGGGCUCCAGAGUGAGAGAGUGCAUGUCCAAUGGCCUGUGGAGUGGAGCUGAGGUCCAGUGUCUUGCUGGACACUGUGGCACACCAGAGCCUAUAGUGAAUGGUCAGAUCAUUGGAGAAAACUACAACUACAGAGGCAGUGUUGUUUACCAGUGUAAUCCUGGAUUCCGGCUCAUCGGCGUGUCUGUUCGCAUCUGUGAACAGGACCACCGCUGGUCCGGGAAGACUCCUGUCUGUAUCCCCAUCACCUGUGGGCAUCCAGGCACUCCAGCUAAUGGUGUGACGCAAGGAACACAGUUUAACCUGAACGAUAUUGUGCGUUUUGCAUGCAACCCUGGUUACGUUCUACAAGGUGCGCUCAAGUCUCAAUGUCAAGCCAACGGCCAAUGGAGCAACACUCUUCCCAGGUGUAAAAUUGUGAACUGCACUGAUCCGGGACAUGUUGAAAAUGGUGUCAGACAGGUCCUGCCCAGCGGGCCUCAUCGUUACAGUUUCCAGACCGCAGUUUCCUACAACUGUAACCCUGGGUACUACCUGCUGGGCAGCAGCAUUUUGAGCUGUCAAGGAGACGGGACAUGGGACCGUUCCCUUCCCAAGUGCCUAUUGGUUCUGUGUGAUCGUCCCAGCAUGCCUCCGUAUGCACAGAUCUCCGGGGACAGGCGCACAGUGGGCUCCGUUAUCCGCUUCAGCUGCAUCGGCCAGCGCAGCAUUGUGGGCAAUACCACCCGCAUGUGCCAGCUGGAUGGCCAGUGGAGCGGCUCCCUGCCACAUUGCUCUGGGGAUUCUGCUGGUCUGUGUGGAGAUCCAGGCAUUCCAGUACACGGGAUCCGUCUGGGAGAAGAGUUCACCACAGGAAGCGUUGUCCGAUUCAGCUGUGAGCCUGGAUACCAGCUGAAGGGUUCCUCCGAGCGGACCUGUCUGGGUAACGGGAGCUGGGUGGGCAUCCAGCCUGAAUGCCACGUGGUCUCAUGUGGCAACCCUGGCACUCCCCGAAAUGCCAUGAUCCAGUUUCAUGACGGACUGGUGUUUUCCCGCUCCAUCACCUACUCCUGCAGAGAGGGUUAUUACUCUACUGGUCUGCUCACCCGCCACUGUACCGUCAACGGCACCUGGACCGGAGACAUGCCCGAAUGCACAGUCAUUAACUGUGGUGAUCCUGGAGUGCCGGCUAAUGGGAUCAGACUGGGCAGUGACUUCACGUACAGCCACAGUGCGAGCUUCCAGUGUUCACCGGGAUUCACUAUGGAUGCUGAUCGGGCAUCCACGCUCAUCUGUACCAAGGACCGAACGUGGAAUGGCACAAAGCCAGUUUGCAAAGCCAUUGUGUGCGCAGCACCUCCCAGCAUCCCUAAUGGUCAGGUAGUGGGAUCUGACUUCCAGUGGGGAUCCAGCAUUAGUUAUAGCUGUAAUCAGGGUUACCAGCUCUCCCUUCCCACCAUCCUCACCUGCCAGGGCAGUGGAAACUGGAGCGGCGAACGACCUCAGUGUUUCCCUGUAUUUUGUGGAGAUCCAGGGAUUCCAGCCCAGGGCAAACGAGAGGACCGAGGGUUCACCUACCUGUCUUCUGUUUCAUUCUCCUGUUACCCACCUUUGAUUCUGGUUGGCUCUGCUCGACGAUACUGUCAGUAUGAUGGAACCUGGAGUGGAACCCAGCCUUCUUGCAUAGAUCCCAGUCACACCAGCUGUGUGGAUCCUGGCACUCCUCUCUUCGGCCACCAAAACAACUCUCAAGGCUACCAGAUUGGUAGCUCAGUGUACUACAGCUGCAGGAAGGGUCAUCUUCUUCUGGGUUCAAUCUCUCGGACAUGUCUACCAAACCUCACCUGGAGCGGCAUGCAGCCUGAGUGCAUAGCUCAUCACUGUAAUCAGCCAGAGUUGCCCGCUCAGGCAGAUGUAGGUGCCAUAGAGCUGCCAUCUCUAGGUUAUACGCUCAUCUACACCUGUCAGCCUGGUUUUUACCUUGCUGGAGGCUCUGAACACCGAACCUGCAGGGCUGAUGGCAGCUGGACAGGGAAACCUCCACUGUGUGCACCUGAUAACAGACCAAGUGGAAAAACUGUAGGAACAGUGCAAGAGCCACCCAACCCAAAGCAAUCGGUGCCAAGUGGGGUUUUUGCGAAGAACUCUCUCUGGAGGGGUUCAUACGAAUAUCUAGGGAAGAAGCAGCCAGCAAUGUUAAGCAUAACUGCGUUUGAAGCGUUCAGCAAUCGGGUCAAUGGCACUCUCAUGGACCACAGCGGAGUGCAGCUCAAUCUGGCUGGUAUCUAUAAGAAAGAAGAAGCCCAGUUGCUGCUGCAGGUGUAUCAGAUCCGCGGCCCUGUGGAGAUCUUCGUUAACAAGUUCAAAAUUGACAACUGGGCACUUGAUGGACAUGUGUCAUACAUGCCAUCAUCUGAUUCAUUCGUGUACCAGGGCUUUGUUCGAGGAAAGGGUUUCGGCCAGUUUGGACUUCAGAGGCUGGAGGGACUUGAUCCGAACGGGGAGAAUCCAGGCUAUAACUUUGCCUCCAAUAGCAGUUCAGUGGCAGCAGCCAUUUUAGUGCCUUUCAUUGCCAUGAUCAUAGCAGGCUUCGCUCUCUAUCUCUACAAACACAGAAGGCAUGCCCAAGUCCCCUUCAAUGGUUAUGCGGGGCAUGAGAACACCAAUGGAAGGGCGACUUUCGAAAACCCUAUGUAUGACCGCAACAUCCAGCCCACUGACAUCAUGGCCAACGAGACAGAGUUCACGGUCAGCACAGUGUGUACUGCAGUAUAGCGACCGCUCUAGUCAAAGGCUGGAUGUAAUCUUUCCCUCUUCACACAACUGUUCCCAUAGUUACAAAUGGGUCACUUGGAUGGACGAAAGACGAGGAGAUAUUUUUUGAUUUGUUUUUCAUUUGUAAACCAAUUCCAAUCGUGACAAACAGUGAAAAACCUUAACAACGAUGCUGAAAAAGUGCAUCAAGAGACACACUGAUCAGUGUUUGCUAGCUAAAACUCUGUUUCUACACUUCUGCUGUCUCCUCUUUUUUCCCCCUGAGGAAACAUCCUGUUUGACUGCGGCAAAAGGGACACAUGCGAAACUCGCUUGCCAAAAAAAAAAAGACAAGAGAUACAUUGUCCGGUCAAACAAAUUCCGUCCAUUCUAAACUCUAGAAAUGGGGGAGGUCUUCACGUGAGCUGGAAGUCAAGAGAAGCACGUUGCUGGAGAGUCGAAACUUUGUUUUACUUUUAUACUUUCAGUUCUAUCCACGGAUUCCAUUUUGUCUGGUUUUAUCUCCUUGAACUGAAAUCACAGUGCAGACUUCGAUGAGGACACACGUUGGUUCCCUGACACCACAAUUGAAGUGGAAUGAGAUUCGGAGGCUUAUUAGAAGACAUGGAUUCUAGCUGUAGCACCUCUUUUCUCAUUCCAGCCCGAAGGGAACGGUGGUGAUUUGCCACCAUCUUAUCAUGAUCCCGACUGAGAACGGACAGUCUGACCCUUCGAGCAGCCCAGCGGAAAGAGCAUGAAAAGACACGUCGCACGUGUUUUUUUGUGCUCUGAGGCUUUAUGAAGCUGACUUCAUGGCCGUUAUUUCCUACCAUUGAAGGGUUGGAUUUUAUCUGAAUUACCCAGGAGGGCCAGAAAUUUCUCCAUCUCAAAGUUGAGAUGUUCUUGAUUUGUGGGCUUAGGUAUCAUGAAGAAGAGCCGCUUGUUAGCAUUUCCUAAUAUUCCUGAUGUCAGACAGGUUUCAGGUGGGCUUCUGAAUGUCACAGAUCAACCAAUUUCCAUGCAGAGAUUUCUUUUUAAAAAAAAAAGCUACACAACCCUUGAAGACUUGGAGCAAGUAUAACUCUUUCAUAGACAGGGGAGGGUCUGCUUUCGGUCCUCUUUCGGUUCUGAAGUCUAGGAUAAGGAGGAUGACGCGAGGGUUUUAGUCAUAAGGAGCCAUCACCAAAUAAGCAUGAAAAUAUUUAAUCUGUAGCUUUGUGUCAUAAUCUGUUUCCCAGCAUAUUCCCACACGUCAUCCAUGCCCACGCCACACUUACGAUAAGCGGAAGGGGCUUAGAAAUCACUCCUUGAAAUAUUAAUCCCAGGCUGGUUGUUUACUUGCAUGUAUUUGCCUCCAAUAACUUGACAAGAAGGUUCAGUUUGGGGAGUUUACAACCUGGAUCUGACAGUGAGUCGGAUUGCGUACGGUGUAACUUUCAUGGCUGUUUCUAAUUGAGUUAUUGAACAUUAUUGUCAUCACUUGUUUCUGCAUUAUCGCUUCGAUUUUCUUGUUUUACUGCCUCUGUUACUUGACGCCGGGAUUGAAAUUCCUCCAGUUUAUUUGCUGUACUCUUCGGCUUCUCGAAUCAAUCAGUGAUAUAAUUGCUUUUACAGGUUUAUUACUUUUGAAAUCGGUAGCCUAUUUUGGCUGUGUUAAUAUGAUAUUACCCUGAGCUGUUUUCAAUUGUAUGUUGAUCGAAAAAGCAAAGAUUGUAUUUCCCAUGGGGCUUACGGGCCAGGUUUAGCCGGUGCAUUAUCUUCAACCUAUUUACAUUCAUUUUGUAUUUACUGUCAUUCAGGCGUUCUUUUAUUACAGAUUGCCACAUAUCAGACAUCAUUUUGCUGCAGUUUAUCUCAGCCUGACUUGGCGUACGGUAGCAUUUCCGUCUCAGCAACCCAACAACAAAAGCGAUGCUGCCAGAUUUGUUAUGCUGACAUUAGAAAUCGCUCCUUUUAAAAUCCUACAAACAAUGCACUUUGCUUGUGAUAACACACACACACACACACACACACACACACACACACACACACACACAAAUCAAGGCACAAGGGCUCCAAAGUCACCUCCUCUACUUUUAUUUUUCAUUAUUUUUCCAAAAUGUUGUUGAAGUGUCCAGGCAGGCUGUUUCAUGCUGGUCCAUCUGUUUCUCGUAACAGUGCCUUGGUAACUCUAUAUGUGGUGUGUCAAAUCUCUUCUUAUUGCUCCAUUUUUAUUAUUAUUGCACACUGGUCAAGAGCUGCAGGUUGCUAGGGCAGAAUUUCAAAGAAGCUGCUUGUCGUUUUUUCAUUUGUCUGGUCGACAGUUGAGUCUUUGUUAUUCUCAGAAUCACACAAUAAAGACCAGCACCCCCCAAAUAAACUCCUUUAUGUUAAAACCUGCACUUUAAGGGAGCACUCUUUUCUCUUCUUUACCCUAGCAUGUGUCAUUUCAAUAUUCUUAUAUCAUGAAUAUCAUCGCAAAACCUAAAGCUAAAAGGUGCUGCUUUGCCCAAGUAAAAGUCAUCAGCUUAUUUUGUGGACAUGCAUACGGAGAAAUCCAAACAAACGACGAAUUAGCUGAACUACCCAACGUAUUCUAGUCAGAGAUUUAGCUUGUAACAGUUUCGUCAUUUCACUCAUCACUAAAACAAACAUGUUCCCUCCUCGAAGCUGACAUGUUGUCAGUGUCAGGCGCUUUCAUCAGCCCAAAACUGGUGCUUACAUGUUUAUGUGAAACAUAACAAACGGCCCCUUGUGUAUUUUAUUUUACACUACAAUGGAGACCAGCAUUCUCGCAUAUUCACAUACUUGUGACGAGUGAAUGACAGCUCUUUUUUGUCCAGUUAGUUUUUACAAAAAAGCAACAUGUGAAAUAUGAAAUGUGUGAUCUUGGAACAUCACACUGUUUUUCCUCAUGAAAAUGUUCUAAAACCACGCAUUCCAUGCUUCCAUGUGUGUUCCACAUAUGUUCCAUGUGAGUUCCACGUGUGUUCCAGCUUCAAUUUGGGUUCCACAUGUAAUUCACAUUGAACAGAAUAACAUGUGCAGUCCACAAGCGGUCCACAUGUUCCACGUGUUCCACAUUCACUUUGUGUUCCACUUGAGUUGACUUUAUAUUCAUGUGUGUUCCACGUGUUUCACACUUGUUCCACGUGUUCAAUUUGGAUUCCACGUGUGUUCAAUGUGUAUUACACUUGCAUUCUACAUGCGGUCCACAUGUUUCACGUGUUCGGUUUGUAUUAAUGUGUGUUUCACAUGUUUCACACUUGUUCCACAUGUUCAAAUUUGGGUUCCACAUGUGUUCCGUUUAUAUUACAUGUGUGUUCCACUUGUUUGAUUUGUGUUCCACUUGUGUUAAGUGUGUAUUACGAGUGUGUUACAUAUGUUCAACAGGUCCCAUGUUGGUCAUGUGUAUCACAUAUGUGUUUCACGUCUGUUCCAUGUUCAAUUUCAUGUUCUAAUGUGUUCCAGAUGUGGUCCAUGCAUGAUGCACAUGUUCAAUUAGUGUUCCAUGUGUGUUCAGUAUGUUCCACUGGCAUUCCAUUGUGUUCCAUGUGUGUUCAAUAUGUGUUCCACAUGUGUUCCAUUGUGUUCCAUGUGUGUUCAAUGUGUUCCAUUGUGUCCCAUGUGUGUUCACUAUGUGUUCCACGUUUUCCAUUGUGUUCCAUGUCUGUUCAAUUUGUGUUCCACAUGCGUUCCAUUGUGUACCACGUGUGUUCAAUAUGUGUUCCACAUGCGUUCCAUAUGUUCAGUAUAUGUUUUUACAUGAUUGCACAUGCAAUGCUCGUGUAGCUUUUUUCUGGAAGGGUGUUUGUUAGUUCGAAUGUUUGUUUUGCUUUGUUUCAUUUUUAAUUCUGUGUCCUUAAAGUUUAGCAGAGGUGAUUGAAUAAUACUUUAUCAUAUUUAUUGUUUGUAGUGUCAAGACACAUCGUAGAAUCAACAUAAUUCAUUUGUAUUGGAAAGGCUGAAAGUUUGGAUGUGGUUGAAAUCAGGAUUGCACUGAAUGUAUUUUAAUUUUGGAAGCAUCUAUGCUAUGUCUGCUAGGGUUAACAUUCAACAAAAAACACAUCAUCAAAAAGGGUUCCCCUCAAAGUAUAUUUUGCUUAAUUUGCAGAUGUGUACUACGGGAUAAGCAUAUCAGAUUUAUGUGGAGGUCAAUGUGAAAAUAUUUUGGUAUGCACUUGUUUUAUUUUAUUGGUAUCACACUCAUGUUGAGAACCACCAACUCGCAUUUCUCUUCAGAUGGUAAAAGUUAUACAAGCCCAGCCUUGAAGGACUUUUAAAGGACUGCUCUGCUCUGGCUAUCCAAAGCCUAAAGGAAUACAGUCAGUCUUGAGUUGCGUACUUGACCAAAAGGAUUUUUCUUUUUUUGAAAAGUGACUUUAAAACUUUCAAGGACCUUAAUGGAGCGGUCCGUUGCGGAUAUUCAGACAGAGACUCUGACACUGAAAGGAGAACUAAUGAAUAGAAACCUUUUUUUGUACAGAGAUAUAUUUUUAUGGAAAUAAAUUUGUAAUAUAAAAAAGAGAAAGUGUAUUGACAGAUCUGUAAAUGUUUUUCAUUAUUGUAGUACAAAUGCUAGUGGGGAUUAUAAAAAUAUAUAUAUAAAAUAUAUAUAUACAAAGACAAAAUAGAGACUUUUUUUGUAAAUGUAAAAAAGAUUGUAUAUAGUUUACAUAUUGUACAUAUGUAAUACCCAA